UAUUUUGGGAUGCUGUUGUAACAUGUUUCUUCCUGGAUACGGCACAUAACAUUGUUGAAUACAUUGAAAUAAUAUCAAAAAUUCUCAAAAGUGGAGGAGUCUGGAUAAAUUUGGGCCCUCUACUUUAUCACUUUGCAGACUCAUACUCACCUGAUGAUGAGAUGUCCAUUGAACUCAGUUUGGAAGAUGUGAAGAAAGUUGCUUUCCACUAUGGAUUUGAAUUGGAGAUGGAGAAAAUCAUUGAGACGACUUACACUACAAAUCCUCGGUCAAUGAUGCAAGUAAGAACAGUGAAAGUCAGCAACAUUUCCCUGGCUGCAUCAGAAAAGGACAUCAAGGAAUUCUUUUCCUUCUCAGGGAACAUUCAAUAUAUUGAAUUGUGGAGCGAAUUUGAAAGGUCUCAGAUUGCCUAUGUCACUUUCAAGGAGUCACAGGGAGCAGACAUAGCAAUGCUUCUCUCAAUUUUGGGUGCACCAUUUCAGUUCUUUAUGGAUGCAGGGAGCAACUAUAGCUGA